AUGCGGUCUUCAGUCUACGCUGCUCUCUUCUCCCUCGUCGCCGUGGGCUUGGCCGUCGAGUGCCACCCCAAGGUCGAUCCCAUCCCGACCUUUUCCCUCUCAGAUGGACGAAACCUGCAGAACGACGUCCACGGCAACCAGUUCACUCCUCCUUUGAACUUCCCGCUCACCAUCGAUCCCGCACAUACCGCUUCCUUCUCCGUCGGCAGCGCCAUUGCCUGCAUCGAGAACGCCUAUUCGUUUGAGAGCACACGCAUUGGCCAGACUGACCUGGCCAACGCUAUCCAGAGCAUCAUGGACGAGUGCGACCACGGUAAUGGCGUUACCAAGGGUGGCAAGGUCGACAUUAUCGGCGACAACGGGCUCCCUCUAGAGGUCCUGAUUCAGGACCGCUCACUCGGCUGCGAGAACUAA